AUGUCCGAACUCCCAGAUUACUAUGCGAUCCUCGAAGUCGCCCCGUCCGGCUCAGCCGACGACAUCAAACGAGCAUACAAGAAAGCCGCAUUGAAAUGGCACCCGGACCGUGUUCCCGUCGACUCGCCUGAACGCACCAAGAGGACGAAAAUGUUCCAAAGGAUCAACGAUGCAUACUACGUGCUCAGCGACACGACGAGGCGGAACGAAUACGACGAAGCGCGCAGAUUCCACGGCACAUCGACCUCCGGGUUCGACAAUUUCGACUACGAUGAAGCCGACCCCGCCGCUGACGAGGAGAUCCCUCGCGCCAAACCCAAACCGUCGACCUUCUCGUGGGCGAACAUGUUUGGCUUCGGCGGUGCUAAGGCCGGCGGCACGCAGGAUCGAGAUAGCAGCCAAGAGAACAAAUUCGCCAAUGAUCAGUUUGGAUCGGUCUUCGAGGAAAUGCUGGGAGAAGACGGCAUGGCAGAAGAAGAAGGCGGCAAGAAAGUGCCUACGAAACGGUUCUGGAGUGUUGCGGGAGGCAUCGCCGGUGCGGUCAUCGGCUUUAUUAUGGCCGAUGUGGUCGGGGCGAUUCCUGGAGCUAUGGCCGGCGCAAAGGCCGGCGCGAUCAGAGACGCAAAGGGCAAGUCUGUCUAUGCCGUCUUCCAAUCUCUCGAGCAGGAUCAAAAAUCCAGGAUACUGAGUGAGCUCGCGGCGAAAUUGUUCAGCGGUGCUAUCAGCUGA